CGUCAAGAAAAUUAACGAUUUGAAUUUGGGUUGUUGCGCCGUAUAGUCUGAUAGAAGUUUACUGACGUUUUAGAGGUCCGUGCUGCCUCCAUCAUCAGGGCGAUGAUAUUGGAGGCAAAAGAACCUUGCGGAUUACUACACCAUUUUGUCCCGUAGAAUUUCUGAAGUGCAUACUGCAGUUAGCACUUUAGAAACGUCGAUGUCAUUGUUGAAUAAUUGGUGGUACAAUACAGAAUAUGCUGAAGAGAUUGUCUGCACUUUGCGAGACAAGGAGAAACAAAGGAUUCCAUUUUUUCAGCAGUCGCCUCAGUUCAAGUACCGACACAUUCUGGUGAGCUGGCUGCGUGCACUUGCAGAGGAUCUUCAUUUAAAUAAUGUAUCAGUCCAUCUGGCUGUGUACCUGCUUGACAUAUUCAUGGACAAUCAUAGAAUUGUUGAAGAACGGCUGAACCUGGUGGCGCUUGUGUGCAUUUUGUUAGCAGCUAAAUUUGAGGAACGAGAUGCAAAUGUACCAAAGAUAUCAGAGCUGAAUGCACGCGUCGGCAACCAGUACCCGGUAACGGACUUCAUAUCUCUUGAGUUUAUGAUAAUGCACUUCUUGCACUGGAGUCUAGUCCUACCAACUGCUGCACAUUUUGCUGAGUACUUCACCAUCUUUGCAACUUCGUCAUCUGACAUGUGCAGUGCACCACCUCAGUUCACAACCUUCCAGGAAUUGCGGAAUGCUGCCCAGCAGUAUGUGCGGGACUUCCUGGACUUGUCACUUCAGGAAGUGUGCCUGAUACCACUGAAGCCAUCGUUGGUAGCAGCAGCAUGCAUUGCCGCAGCGAGACAGACAUUACAGCUGUCUCCAAAAUGGACAAGUGUUCUGCAGAAUGUGACAGAGUACCAGUUUCUGGAUUUACUGCCUUGUGUUACAGUACUUAUCAGUAAAAGUGGAAAGAUGAUCGCCAACAAAAAGAGAAAGUUGACUGAAUCACCAGACCAUGGCUAUGCGACAGAGGACAGUAUGUCUGACAUCCCAGAAGUCUCAAGUGGUAAACAGGGCCGGAAUUGCACUUAACUUACGGCUCCUGACUGGAUAAUACAAUCUUCUGUCUCAGGUUCACAACAUUAGUCAUAGCUAGAGAGAAAGUUUGGUAACAGAUAAUGUUAAUCAGUGAUGCUCAAAUUUGUGCCUCUGAAUCUGUGAUAACACCUUUUUGUGUUUUAUGAAUUUAUUGAUGUUAAAUGACCAACAGAGCCAUGAAGAAGUGUAAUAUGGUAUUUGGCCGUUUAUUGAAGCUCCCUAUAAACAAAUCCUCACUUAUUUGUGUCCACGUUAUUUGUUAAAUGACAUUGUGUUUGUUAAUAGUGGUUUAUACUAUUUCAUAAAAGGUUCAAUAAGUCAGAUAUGUUUACAAGUUGAUUGAAGUAUGCUGCAGACAUUUGUUUAUCAUGUGAGAUACUUCCUAGUGUUUCUGAAGAAUAGUUCCUGAGAAAUAAGACUGAUUCUUUCUUUUUUUUAUUUUAUAAUAAGUUGUAAAUUAAUAUGGCAUCAAUUACUUAAAGUUGAAUCAUAUAUUUUGUUACUCUCAUGUUUCACAAGCCAUUUAGUGUUACAAAGGAGGACCUUCCCUGUUAAGAGUAAGUUAUUCAUGUACCAACAUGCAUUCCAUUCUUGAUUUGAUACAUUCAGACUUCUUCCUCGUAUACACUGUCCAUUGAUUACACAAAUACCUCAUAAGGGACAUGCUGUGAUUUUGUUAAGCUACAUUUUGCAUGGGUAAAGAUAAUUAUUUUCAGACUAUUCUUGAAGUGACACUUAUUUGUUACUUCUAAAUUAUUUGUAGACAGGUGGUAUUAUACAUACUUAUAUUUGAGGUUGUUCCCAAUAAAUUCAGUCAUGACUUGGGAACCUGAAGAGAUUUUCUAUUAUGUAUAAUGUCUGUUGUUAAACAAAUUAAGUUUCAGAAAUGUAAGUACCUGUUUCAUAUUAUGGGCACAUAUAAAGCUGUGUAUUUUGAUUAAUUACUCACUUGUGUAGCAUCUCUGGCAAAAAUGAGGUUAUGUUCACAUAUAACCGUUAACAUUUAUGUGUAAUUUGGAAUGUAAAACUGUAACAAAUAAAGUAUCAAGUUUUUACUGUUGUUGAACUGCCAA